AUGCACCAGCGACGGCAGGCGGAGAGCACGAGCGGAAGUGGUGACAUGCCCCAACGCCCGCUCAUGACUCCGUUCUCGUCCCAUCUGGGAGUCCCCUAUCAACACCACCAACACCUCCAUGCGACCAACUAUCUACAGUAUCCUAUGCCCAUGGAGCCUUCUCUACGAAAUUACAGUCAUCAACAGCAGCCGAUGCAGCAAUUGCUCCUUCCACCACAGGGAAUGUAUUGGCAGGCACCAACGGGGCUAGACACUUUAGGCUACAACACAAAACAGGGACGACACGGUAACAGCUUGGACCUGGAGGAGCUCGGAGGCAUGCUGGAGGCCGACUCAAACUCGAAUGCUGGUAGGCCACCGUCGAAUGGACCGCCUGAGAUGACGAUGACGAAUUUCGACGUCAAUUCCUUUCACGAAGGCAUGACAUCGUCGAAUCAAAAUGCAGUUGUAAGCUCGGAAGCUUUUCCCCCGCCUGUAGCGCUAUCGACAAUGCCAUCGAGACCACCAGUUACACCAACGAUGUCAACACCGCCUCGUGUGACGAAUACUAAGAAAACAAAAAAGGUAAAUCCAUCUUCAUCAGAUAUCGCGACGAAAGCUGUCGUAGAUGCUGCGUUUACCCAACUCAGCGAAUCACCACCAAAAUCCGAUCUUCGGCCGGGCAAACUCUUCAAAGACAAGAGUGAAAAAUGCCAAUUUCAUGAUUGCCCAAACCGAGCUCGCGUAUCGCAGUCAUACGGGAAGUUCUGUAAUCGACACGUCAUUGUCGCGCCCUGUGGCUUUCCUGGCUGUCGGGAUAAGGCAAUGGACCGAGGUGCUAUGUGUGCCACGCACACAGAACAGGGUAAAGAAGCACUUCAGAAAAUCUUGGACGCACGAUCUCAGAAUGUACCCGUGUGCAAAAUCUCUGGCUGUUUCAAGAAUGACCAAGGUCGGGGCUAUUGUCGUGGACAUGAAAAACUACUCAUGGCUACUGGACGUCUACCACCGCACAUUAAUAAGCGACGCCUCAACAGUGCGUAUACCAUGUGCAGUUAUCCUGACUGUUCGAAGCAUUCUCAGCGUCAUCACUUGUGUCGAACGCACGGGAACCUGCUCAUUAAGCAGGCUCGGGACCUAGCUGAUCGACCCGGAGCCACGGAUACCUUUGAAGACAUAUUGAGCCGAAUGCAAAAAGAAAUUCGGCGUUGCACACACGAAAAUUGCUCAAAAAACUCACAGCGCGAUCGACUAUGCACGACGCAUUAUUCUGAGAAACAUAACUUACAGAAAGAUGCUUUAGCUGCUGGAACCUCUGGCUUAGUCGUGAAAGAUAAGAAGGAUGUAAAAAAACCAAGAGGAGGCGGUUGUGGGGACAAUGGUCGAACUGUCGAACGAAUUUCUUGUGGACACCCAGGGUGUGGGAAGCUGUCGUACGCUGAAGGACUGUGUGCUGAGCACAUGAAAGAAAGCCAAAAUUCUAUAUCGACUCAUGCUCGAUUUGGCCCUUCGUUUUCAGCCGAGAAGCGUUGCGGUCCCUUUUCCAAUGAUACGAAUAGUGUAGCAAAAGCAAUAUCAAGCGAAAAUCCUCAAGUCUCUGACCUUCCCCUGUCAGAGGGUAUAAGCAAUCACACCAAGUGCACGAAUCCAAUGUGUGAUCGAGAGAGUUAUGGCCAAGAUUACUGUGAGGCAUGUCAGCGGCUCUUUUCGUCGCUUGCGACGCCGAUAAGUCUGACCCCAUCAGUUGGAUACAUGCACAACGCAACGAGUGGAAGUGCUAUUCAUUCUGAUAGCAAGUCCUUACUGUGCCGCGUGAGCGACUGUGAACAAGGUUCUGUUCGUGGUGGACUAUGUUCUGCGCAUCUUCGGGCCUUUCGAACAGGACUAAUAUCGGUCGACAAUUUGAAACUAGAGUCUCAAGCUCAACAAAUACAGCAUGAACAGGAGCUGGCGGAGGCAGCAGCAGUUGCUGCUGCUGCCGCCGACGAUAAGCAAUCAAAUUCUUCUGCCUCUAGCAAGGUCAAGAAAUAUUAUUGCAAGGUGGAAGGGUGUGGUAAGCAGGCUCAAAAGCAGCACAUGUGCAAGCGUCAUCACCGCCUGCAAGAAGACUAUCCUGUCUCUAAGUCGCAGCUAGAAGCAUCGAUGAGUGGUCCGCUCAGCAACUACGUCCAUGCAGUUCCUCAGACUGUGUUUGCUCAGCCCAUUACCACUUGUCAAUUUGCCAACUGCUCGCAAGUAGCUUGUAAUGGCACACUUUUAUGCUUAGCGCACUCCAAAGCGACCUUUUGCUGGCAGCCGGAUGCGCGUAUGAAGGCUGCAUGUACAGUGCUGAGCGAAAUUUUAGUGGUUGCUCAAAUCACGCAAUGGCCCCGAGAUGUCGUCACGAUUUCUGCGACAAAUACGCUGUGA